CGAGGAUCACAUCUCAUGUUUCAUCGAGUAUUUUUGAAGUUUGAGACCUGCCGACUUCAUUGUUCGGUGGGAGGGCAGCCUGGGAUCUGUUCUGCAAUCGAGUCACGAUGGGUCCUCGACGAGCAGCUCGGUCCGGCUUGAUGGCGUUGGCACUGUUGUGCUGCAUUGUCGGAACAUGCUCUCAAAGCACUCAUAAAUUCAACAUCACCAAGAUGCUGUCAGGCCACCCGAGAUUCAGCGUGUUCAGAGAGAUGCUGAGUUCCCACGGCGUGGCGGCGGAGAUCAAUGGUCGAAAGUCCGUCACAUUACUGGCUCCCGCCAACAAUGUCAUGAGAGCCUUCCGGACCAGCAAUAACAAGACGGACGCUAUCAAAAUCACCGAUCUCCUCCGCUUUCAUGUGCUGCUCACCUACUUUGACAUGGCAGAGCUCAGGGCCCUGAAGACGACCAACUACACCUCCGUGACCACCCUUCUGCAGACCACUGGAAGGGCCAGCGGAAACAAUGGGUUCGUCAACAUCUACAAUCUGAAGUCGCGUGUCAAACUUGGACCUUCGGUUCCAGACUCCUCUUCCAACGUCACCGUGCUGGCUGGAGUUCAGAAGUCGCCUUUCGACGUCAGCAUUAUCGAGAUUGAUCAGGUUCUUCUGCCUGUGGGAUUCAACAAUGCCUCAGGAGACUUGAUUGCAGUGCUGGACUCGUUCCAGGAGUUCACUCUCCUCAUCAGCUACCUCCAGGAAACGAAAGUCGACGCCGUGUUUGCAGAGAAGCAGGCGGAGGGAAUCACAAUUUUCGCACCCAGGGACUCUGCUUUCAAUUCUCUGGCCACUGGGUCCAUCCAAACUCUCAGCCUCUCGGAACAGAAACUUCUGCUGGAGUACCAUGCUCUCGAUGGAUAUGAAAGUCUCGACUCUCUGGAGACUAUGCUCAACAAACCCACUAAGACUUUAGCCUCGGCAGACGCAGCAGGCUAUAUUCUCAACGUCAGCGCUACCCCUGGACAGAGUACUGUGAGGCUGCGCACUGGAGUCUCUGUGGCGACCGUCCUCGAAAUUAUUUACGACGCGAAUCCUGUUACCAUGUACGCCAUAGACGAAGUUCUUCUUCCUCUUAACCUCUUCACACCUGCACCUCUGGCUUCCCCAGCCCCUGCCCCUGCUCCCAAGAAAUCUGCAGUCAAGUCUCCCCCUGCUCAUAAGGUUCCGGCGACGGUAACACCAGAUUCAGCCUCCUUGGCUGAAAGGAGCUUGUUGGUAACAAUGGCUGCUCUGAUUUCAUCAACUCUUGCCGUCAUUCUGUAAUCUGAGGUAUUUGGCUUCGAUAGAAUGUAGAAAGUGGCCCCUCUUUGGCCAGGCUAAGCGCGAUCUCCAUUGGAUCUCCAGUGACGGAUUUACAUUCAGAUAGAUUUCAUUACUCUCUUAUCACAUUCGAACAUGCACUUACUGAAGGUCUUGUCAUCUUGGUGCCUUAGUCCGCACAGAGCUCCUCGAUUUCAUUAUUCAGGCGGUCUUACACCCAUGGUUUCGGAGUGUUAUGUUCUAUUACUAGCUCCAAAUUUUACAUGAAAUUUACUUUAGCAUUCGUGGGUUCAUGGUGGAAACGACUUACUUAUAGAUGAUUAGGGGAUUGAAAGCCGACAACAAAGUUAAGCGGUGUUUCAUUUUCACAUGUUUACAGUGUGAAAGAUCUAUAGACAGUUUCUGCAGUUCAACACAUAUGUCGACAUUGUCUUCAACGACUGACAUCGAACUGAAUGUCUAAUCCAUGGGACACAUGGACUGUGGACUAUGAGACGUGAGAUAGUGGAAUAAGAUACGAGAUAAGCAUCCAGAUAUAUAUUCCAGUAUGGUGUUCGUUAAUCAUUCUUCCGUGUAGACUUGCGAGAAAUCGAAUCAAGAAAAACUCCGUAGUCCAAAAUCAUAAAAAAUAAUUGAAGUGCAACUAUCAGCUUCUUAAUGUGGUUCACAUUGCGCAGGUUUUGGAAUGUUAUGAUUGCAUGUGUUUGGAUUUCAUCUCCCACUUUUGCGUAUUUAAUACACUGGCC